AUGUCUCUGAAAAUAAAAAUAAAGUAUUUUCUUUUGGUCUGUAUCACUUGUGCCCUUUUGCAGAUGAGAGAGAGAGAGAGAGUAACAGAGAGAUAUAACGAACUUCAUGUACACUUCGGACAUUUUUUUUGUGCAAUAAAUGUUGAACUUUUGAAAAAAUAUUACUCUUGGUAUAUCACUCGAUAGUCAUGUGGCAUCAAAAAGAGAUUCUAUUUUCAUGACAAUGGAAAAGUUUGUUGCUUAAUCAGCAAUGAAGUUUGUUUGAGUGCCAGAUAUGACUGUCGAAGAUGGUUUUUUGUUUAUUUACAAUAUUUACACAUAGUUCUUCCUUUUAUUACUGAUAUCUGUCUAUUCCUCGAGACGAAUUCAAAGUAACAGUCCACUACGCGUGUUCUUAGACUACAUUAUUGAUAUGUGAAUAAUUUUUGAAACUGACCCAAUUUGUUCAUGUGUUUUUACGCGUUAUCAUACAUGUUUUUCACACAUAUAUAGUGUAUAUUUAACUUAGAAAAUUUCAUACAUGAAGAGGAUAUUAGUAAUCAUAUAAUAGAUAGUAGCUUGUUAUGCAUUUCAUUUAAGUAAUUUUUUUUGAAAAUUAUUCUUUACAGGCCUGUUAGUUGAUUUCAAUUUUAACAUAAUAUAUUUAGGAUUCAUUGAGGAUGCAUGUGUAGAUAUACAGAUACAUAAUUUAUUUAGCAGAUGGUACUAUAAAAAGAGAAAUAUUUAUAAUAUUCUUUGCUUGUUCAUACAUUGUGUAUAUACUUAAACAUGUACAUAUAUAUUGCAUGUGUAGUAUUUAUUUAAUAAACAAAAUGACAAAUCAGUAAUAAAUGUAAGCUAUUAUAUGCUUUAACUUCAAUUUCUAACGAUCAUAUUUUGAUGUCAUAUCAUAAUAAUGUCCGUAAGGUGUACCAUAUGUUUGAGAUUUUCAUAUUCUAUCUUUUUUCACUUUGAAUAUAUUGCAUUUGUACAAGGAUAGAACUUCAAUAAAGUUAAUAAAGCUUAAUGUGUAAUCAAUCUUUCAUCAUACUAUAUUACUAUUUUAUUAUCUAAUAUUUAUCUAAUAUUUUAUACAUGUGCCUACAUGAAAUAAUAAAUGCAAAAUGUGUAUUAUACGUCUUAUGAUGUUGUGGUACUUGUUUCAUUCAGAAAAUUCUCAUUGUCAGCAUUUGCAAAUAAAGAAUCACUCUAUAAGUAUGUAACAGCGUAUUGUUUGAAUAUAACACUUGUUUUUUGGGUGGGUAGUUUCAGUCCAACGGAUCACAAAUUGGCAACAUGCAGUGAUGAUGGAACAGUCAGAAUUUGGGACUUUCUUCGAUGUCAUGAAGAACGAAUUCUCAGGGGUACAUUAUCUAUUAUAUAACAUUGGAAAAGUAUUUUUAUUUAUUUUUUAUUUAUUACUCAUAGCUUCAGCAAGUAACUAAUGCAUCACUAUUGGUACCAAAUUGUAAUAAAUUUGAAAUUCAUCUAAUUAUUGUUUAGGUCAUGGAGCUGAUGUGAAGUGUGUACACUGGCAUCCACAAAAAAGUCUAGUCAUCUCUGGAAGCAAAGACAAUCAGCAACCAGUAAAAUUAUGGGAUCCAAAAACUGGUCAGUCUCUUGCAACGUUACAUGCACAUAAGUCGACAGUUAUGGAUGUUAAAUGGAACGAAAAUGGAAAUUGGCUAGUAACCGCAUCACGGGACCAUUUGCUCAAAUUGUUCGAUCUUCGAAAUUUAAGUCAAGAAGUUCAAACAUUUCGUGGUCACAAAAAAGAAGCUUCCAGCGUCGCAUGGCAUCCAAGCCACGAGGGUCUAUUUUGUAGCGGUGGUAGUGACGGAGCUAUUUUAUUCUGGCACGUUGGAGCUGACAAGGAAGUGGGUGCAAUCGAACAAGCUCACGACAGUAUAGUCUGGACAUUAGCUUGGCAUCCGUUGGGACAUAUUUUGUGUUCCGGUAGCAAUGAUCACACUUCAAAGUUUUGGACGCGGAACAGACCUGGUGAUUUAAUGAGGGACAAGUAUAAUCUCAACACUUUGCCAGCAGGAUCGGCUGGUGUCGAUGACCAUGAAAUUGCUGAUGAAGCAGCUGUAAUACCUGGCAUGGGACCAGAAGACAGAAUCAAUGCCGAUGGCGAACCAGAAGAUAAAAGCGGUGGUAUUCCUGGUUUGGACUUGGAUCAUGCAGUCGAUGAAGGAAAGAAAUUUGCUAAUAAGAAAGUGCCGUAUAGCAAACCGAUCCCAAGGAAUUUCCAAGCUCAAUGGAACGAGAUGGAGGCUGAAGAUAUGGAGCAGGUAGAAGCUUUAAAUGCAUUUGUGAAUCAAUUGAUUGAAACCACGCCAGGAGCAGUACCGUUGAAUGAAGUGACGCCUAAUGGUAUUAUACUAUACGGAAAAAUGAUUCCUGUCGAACCUGGCUCGAAGUUAGCAGAAGCAAUCGGCAAAGGGAACGACGCCAUAAAUAAACUAGUGUUCUCUGGAGAAAUAGAGGAGUUGCGCGACGUUGUGGGCCCACCGGAUAACAUGGACGAUUCUGAAGAAUAUUUGCAAGACGACGGCGAGAUCGAUUAUUCCAAAGUUCCCGAUAUCGAGCUUCCUCCGCCUUUGCCCAGUUCUAAGUUUGCACAGAAUCCCGAACUGCUGAAAGCGCUGAAUCGUGGUGGGAAGCGAAAAUUUGAUCAACUGAUCGGCUGGAGCGACGGUGGAGCCAGUGAUCGAACGUCGAAGAUUCACCAACCGGUCUUUGGCGGAGUGAUGACGGAGGACUCGCAAUCGAGCGACACCGACUUGAGGUAUACCGGAACGAAAUCGAAUCAAAACUCCAACGAGAGCAACUCUUUUCACAGUGGACACGACGAAGAUCUCAGGAAGCUUCCUCAUGGUGAAAACACCCGAAACGCGAAUCGCGACGAGGACUUGCGGUUUAACAUAUCCAGCGGACCGGGAAGGCCUAGUUCGCGUUCCGAUUACGACGUAAGAAGCAGUUACGCGGAUAAGGAUUUUAGAAGUUCGCACGGAUUUUCCUUGAAGAAGCCUUUGGACAACGACAUUUACGAGGACCGGGAUCGGGAUGGUAACUCGCGGUGGGACGACGAGAAGUCGAUGAACGAUGGCUCCAGAAAAGGAGACAGUGGUUUCUCAGGGAACUUUGACAAACGCGACAACAUGCCAUUGGGCAUAGUCUCCGGCAUAAGUAACAGCAUACCUCAUUUAGGCAACAGCAUAUCCCACAUGUCGAGCCACCACAAUAUGCAGAAUAUUAAUCCCAACAUGACCCCCCCGAUCCCAAGUUUAGUGCCACAUCCAAACAUGUCUCAGCAUCCUAUGCAGAAUAAACCGUUACAUCCUGGUAUGCAAGGAAUUGACGCUCCCAUGCAUAUGAUGCACCAUCCUAACAUGCAUCCCGGCUUUGGCCCUAACGGACCGCCACCUGGCAACUUCGGCCCUAACUUUAGACCGCCGAAUGGCAAUUUCGGGCCGAAUCAACAUUUCAGACCGAGCCCGUUGCCACCGUUCGGGCCAAACCAAGGACCAUUCGGUAACAACUUUCAAGGUCUGCCGAAUUUUCGCGGGCCAAAUUCCGGUCCGCCGAACUUCGAUCGGCCGGGUUUCGGGCCUGGUUUCCGUGGUCAAAACCCCGGCCAGAAUCCGCCGAAUAACUUCAAUUCGAACUUUGGUAAUUUCGGGAAUAAACUUGGUCCUAAUCGCGGUAUGAACCGAGGCCCCAACGACAAUAACAUGGGAAGAAUGGGAAGAAGCGGGUAUAACAACCGCGGCAGGGGACGUGACGGCGAUCAACCACGAGGGAUUCGAGGAAGAGAUAAUUAUUAAGAAGUAAUUAUCAUCGGAACGAAAAUGUUUGUAUGUUAUGUGUACGUUAUAACAUACUGCCGUUCGUCCAUGCCAGUUUUACCCGUGCUGGAUUGUACAGUUGAUCGAUAACAAAUUCCACGUAGGACGGGGUGGUAUUCUGUGAAAGCAUUGCGAGUGUAAAAUAACGAUCCGGACGUGUCGGAAAUCAUGUGUUGCGAGCCAUUUUAUACUCAGCCAGUUAGAAGGAGAACAUUCGAAUCUAGCGUGCUUGGAUGAAAGUAUAUUUUCUUUUUUCCGAUGGGAGUUUAUUUGGUGAGAGAACAACGUUCUCUUCUCCUCCUUCAUCCCCACUCCUCAUCCAUCCCCUCUCCCCUCUCUCCCUGCAGAAAAAGUGACUGAUUAUCGAUACUACAAAUGGCUAGAUUUCUAAAUAAUGCGAAUGAAUUCGUGUCGGAUGCAAUUGCGACCUCUCUUAUCCUCGGCUUGUGAUACGCGUAUAGUAUUCAAGCGUGGCGAAUCUGCGUGAAAGUCGCGGAAAUUGUAAUAUAUAAAAUAUAAUCAAUAAUACACCGAUGUAAUUCCGAUUUGAAAGGGAAGGUAGAAAAAGAAAGAAAAAAAAAAGA